GCUUUUUUGGUUGUUUGGUUUGUCUGAGCAGCUCAGUCAGUUUCAGUUUCAUUGUGCUCAGAAUGUCGAGUCUCGCUCGUUGGACGACGCGACCUUCCUCCACUGGCGCCGCACAAUGGAUGCAUGCUGUUCGCUCACUCGGAACCCGUAGUGCACUCGUUGGUGCCGGUGCGGGAUCUUGUACUGGUGCUGCAGCAGCCAAGACUGGCGUUCCCAGUCAGUCAAGAUGGUCGUCCUCGUCCUCGUCUGCGCGACCACCCUCACCGCCACCAGCACAAGCACCGCAGCCAUCAUCGACAGUGCAUGGCCAUGAUGCUGCUGCUGCGCCGUUCGUUCCGCCGAGCCGAUCGCGCCUGACGCCCAAGCUCGACUACGCAUGGAUUGCCGCGAACGCCGAGACAGUCGAGCGCCACCUGCAGCUGCGCCAGAUGGCAGCCGUGUCCGAGGACGGCGUCCCGUUCAAUGCAGCGCACUUUCGCGAGCUGUUUGAGCGCAAUCGCCUGCUGCAGCGCAAGUCGGACGAUCUGCGGGCGAUGCGGAACAAGCUCAGCGCGACGUACACCAAGCCCACCGGCGCCGCCCGACCUGCCGGAGCUCCUGCUGGUACCCAGAAAGACGCAGCGAACACGGCUGCAGACGCCAAGGUGCAGAUCGCCGAGCAAGCACGCUCGAUCAAGAAGGAAAUCGCCGACGCCGACGCCGCGCUCGAGGAAGUGGCUGCCCAGCUCUUCCACGCUGCUGUGCGCGUCCCGAACGAUGCGCAUCCCGAUGUAGCGAACGGCCCCAAUGUUGAGAGGGUCGUGGCCGUCUCGUCCAGGUUGACGGCUCAGCAAGAAACGCUCGCUGCUUCGCUGGAUGCUCGUCCAUCGCUGCCCGCGCACUCGGACCCCUCUCGUAUCCCUCCGACCAAGUACAAAGACCACGUCGAGCUUGGUCUGGCUCUCGGCUUGUUUGAUCUGGAACGCGCCGCUGCUGUCACUGGGCACGCGUUCUACUUUCUCAAAGGCGCUGGAGCGUUGCUCGAGCUGGCGCUCACGCAGCUCGCCAUGCAGCAGGCAAUGCUCGCAGGCUUUACUCCCAUGACCACUCCGGAUGUUGCUAGAACCGAGAUGGUGGCCGCAUGUGGCUUCCAACCACGAGGCGAGAUGACGCAAGUCUACUCGCUAGCCGCGCCUCACGACCGCUUCUCCCUGGUCGGAACGGCCGAAAUCCCUCUGGCUGGCUUCCUGUCCAACACAACCGUUGCAACGCAGGCGCUUCCGGUCAAGCUGGCGGCUCUGAGCCACUGCUUCCGCUCUGAAACCGGCGCGCACGGCAGCGACACGCGCGGUCUUUACCGCGUGCACCAAUUUUCCAAGGUGGAAAUGUUUGCAUUCACGGGACCGAGCGUUGCCGACAGCCAAGCCAUGCUCGACUCUAUUGUUCAGGUUCAGAAGCAGAUUUUUGAGUCUCUUGAGCUUGAUUUCCGAGUGCUGGACAUGCCAAUGAAGGAACUAGGAGCCUCCGCAUAUCGCAAAUACGAUAUUGAAGCUUGGAUGCCAGGUCGCGUGGCGUGGGGCGAAAUCUCCAGCGCCUCGGAUUGCACCGACUACCAAGCGCGACGACUCGGAAUUCGUGCCAAGGCGGUUGGAGGCGCUGCUCCCGAAGCAAAAGGCGCCCACCAAACAGACACGGCGUCCCAAGAUGGAAACAAGCAUCUGCACACUGUGAAUGGCACCGCGUGCGCCAUUCCUCGCACCAUCGCUGCCUUGCUUGAGACGCACCAAUUGGAAGACGGAAGCAUUUACCUGCCGCCUGCCCUCCGUCCCUUCAUGGGAAAUCGCGAUCGGAUUACGCCAGAGUGGCAGCAAGAGCUCGGAGCAUUGCGGCCGAUUGCCGUGAAUGAGUUUGUUGUGGCCAAGCGUCGAUGAAAGGUGAGGGGGAUUGCUUUCAGAGUUGAAUACCGGGAUCCUGGGGUUUUGUUUAUUGUAAUACAGUCCUCUGAGAACCACUCCCGCUCUUUGUUCUCGUAAUGCUU